AUGACAGCUGCUUGGCUUUUACCGAUUGUGUCGCCUAUCGUCGCAGCAGCAUCGGGUGCCUUGGUCGCUGGCGCCAUGACAGAGAGUCACCCCUCACAUGCUCUCUGGACGCUCGUAACUUCGUAUGUCCUCUGGGGAUGUGGUGUCCCUCUCGCUAUGGUCGUCUUGGUCAUGUACUUCCAAAGGCUAGCUUUGCACCAUCUUCCGACUCCGGAGGUUAUUGUUUCGGUUUUCCUGCCCCUCGGGCCUCUAGGGUCUGGUGCUUUUGGGAUCAUGAAACUCGGAGAAGUCGCAAAUGUUUUGUUACCGAUCACUGGGACUUUACCCGCAGUAAAGGACGCCAUGGCAGGUGGAAUUCUCUACAUCCUAGGAUUCGCGGUUGCCUUGGUGAUGUGGGGUUUUGCUCUGGUAUGGCUUUUCUUCGCUGUUGCAAGUAUUACGAGGACAAGAUUUCCGUUUAAUAUGGGAUUCUGGGGCUUUGUCUUUCCAGGUGGCGUCUUCGUUCUUGCUACAAACCAGAUUUCGAAAGAACUGCCCAGCGGGUUUUUCAAAGUACUCACCAUGAUAUUCACAAUGAUUAUUGUCCUACUUUGGAUAUUCGUCUCGGUCAGGACAAUCGAAAAAACACUCACUGGGAAACUCAUCUUCUCACCUUGUGUUCAGCAAUACCAAGAGAAUAGAAUGAAGAUGACGAGGUGUACUAGUGGAGAGGUUGAUAUUGUUCCCGGCCCUAAUGGCUGUGGAAAUUCCGCAACCCGGGAGGAGAUGACAUGUGCAGGACUUUGA